AUGUCAUUGGAUCUACCAUUUAUAAUAGCAAAUAAUCAAAUCAAACAAAGAGGUGUUGAAGUAGAAAUGUUGGAAACAUUGGCAAUAAAAUUCAAUUUUACAACUAAAUAUGUUGAUUUUCAACAAUCAACAUGGAAAGGUCUAUAUGAUAAUAUAACAUAUGGAAAAAUUGAUUUUGGUAUCGGUGGCACAGUGAUGACAGCCGAACGUUUCAAAAAGGUUGACUAUCUUUAUCCACAUAUAUUAGAUGAAUUUACAUUUGCGACAUCACCAGCGAUUGCAAAUUUAGAUAAUUUUGAUCUGAAUAUUCUCAUUCGACCGAUGGAUAGUUCCGUUUGGUUUUUAUUAACCAUAACAUUAGUAAUAAUAUUAUUUGUUGGUCGACUUUUUCAAUCCAUUCAACCAUCAAUUCAAUUCAAUAAUCAUCUUCCAAAUAUUCGUCAUGAUUUAUUCGAUAUUUGUAUUCAUCAUCUAUUUCGACAAUCAGUACCAUUAUUACGGCUGGCGAAUCGACCGAUAAAAAUUUGUUCAAUGUUUUGGUCAUUUACAGCCGUUAUGAUAUUGGCUAAUAAUUAUACCGGAUCAUUAUGUUCGAUGUUAGCAUUACCAUCACAUUAUUCAAUGGAUUCGGUCAAAGAAUUGGCUAAACAAUUUUAUAAUAAUCCUAAUUUACGUACUAUAGGUAUAGCCAAUAGUACACCAUAUCAAUCAAUGAAAUUAUCGACAAUCGAAGAAAUUCAAUUAAUCGGUCAACGAAUGGAUUAUAUUAUCAAUAAUGAUUUAGCCAUAAAUGUUAUAAUUGAUCAAAGUAAACAAAGAAGAUCAUUAUCAUCGAAUGGUCUAUCAUAUGUAUUUAUUUCAUCACGAUUACGUUUAAUAUUCGAAAUGUUUUAUGCCGGUAAGGAAGUUAUCUUUAUUCCACCGCAUACGGAAGCGGCCAGACUUUAUUCAUUAUACGUUGCUAUAGCCGUAACAAAACCAUUCGCACAUCGAAAACAAUUUGAUAAAAUGAUUUUCUAUUUUCAUUCAUAUGGAAUGUUUAAGCAUUGGCUAAAAAAGGAAUCUAUUCGAACAAUUGCAUCGAGAAAUUUUCAAAUGAAUCAUGAUGAUGAAAUUAAUAAUAGUGAUAAUAUUGAUCAACAUCAACAUGAGAAAAAAUCGAAAACAAACAUUUUCAAUCCAUAUGUUUCAAUGAAUAAUCUAAAAUUUAAUGAUCUAAAAUCAAUAUUUUUCCUAUAUAUCAUAUCUAUUUCAAUUACAUUGAUCAGUUUCCUAAUGGAAAUUAUAUCAUCUUGUAAACGAAUGAUUAAAAACAAUUGUGUCUAUCUAAAAGUAUGA